UUGUUUUUUUUUUGCCGGGAAUCACAACAUGCUUCUGCCGACAAAAAGGAUUUCUCUGAUAAUACGCCGGUUUCGACAUAGUAAAUCGCACUGGUCCGAGGUGCAGAAGAAACAGUUUCCCAAAGAUCGUGCGCUCGCCAAUUUCGACGAUUUCUACGGAUCCGUGUUCGGGGCGCGAUGGAAAAGUGUCCGCAUAGCUCUCCAGAGCGAACACAAGUACCUGGCACUGGUCAACCAGUUCGGUGAUACGGAACAAACGGUAGACCAACUGCAGGCGGAUGGUGCGAUCAGUUUAAGGGAAAUCUACAAGGCUCGCAAAAAUGCACUUGCCACCGAUAAUCCGGAUCUGUUUACCGGGGGCAAAGUAUUUCAGAUGGCCGAUCGUGUAGAAGCGUUCCGUGCCAAUCGUCAGGUGGCCGAAGCAGAAAAUAUCUACCGUGCGGAUCCGGCUGCCACUCCAGCUGGGCUGAAAACUGCUGGAAACGAUGAUGCCGAAGUAACAUCCGCACCGCAAACCGACGUCUCCGAUGCAAACGAAACGGUUGAUUUUAAAAAAUCCCUCGAUAAGACACUCCGAGAUGACACGGAAAUCGAUCAUCAACGGAUAGCGAGUGCAAGCGUUGGAACGGCAGCAAUGCAGGAGUUCGUCCCGGCGACGAAGCUGAAAGGAAUGGAGGAUUUCGUAUUCGAAUCGGAUCACUACAAGUACUACAGCAAUACGACAGAUUUCCCGCUAAAGAUCGAAAUGGAAGACCAGUUUACCAUUCCCGAAACGCUGCACCUCUACACAUACGAACGGGGCAAUGUGUCCACGUUCCGUAGCCCGCGCAAAUGUACCACGGGCGUACUGUCCCACUUUCUGUUCGACGGUGCUUCCUGCUUACCACCACUAGCGCUCGAUGUGCAGCCUGGUGAACGCGUCCUGGAUGCGUGCUCGGCACCGGGUGGAAAAUCUUUGCUCCUACUACAAACCCUCCUUCCCGGUACAAUGGUAAUGAACGAUCUACAGGAAAGCCGCUGUAAUCGAAUACGCCGCCUGUUGCGCCAGUAUUUGUACGAUUUCGAUGAUAAAUGGAAACAGAAACGAUGCUUCAUCACACAAAGCGAUGCGCGCAAUCUGCGAGAGUACAGAAUGUACGAUCGAGUGCUGGUGGACGUACCCUGUACUAACGAUCGACACUCGGUGAUGGAGAAUGAUAAUAACAUUUUCAAACCUUCGCGCGUAAAGGAGCGACUACGGCUCCCGGAGCUACAGGCAGCCAUUUUAGCCAAUUGUCUGCAGCUGCUACGACCCGGUGGUACGCUCGUUUACUCUACUUGUAGCCUCAGUCCGGUGCAGAACGAUGGAGUCGUGCAUAUGGCGUUAAGCAAUGUUUUCAGAGAUGUUGGGCUGACGGUGACGAUCAAGGAUCUAAGUCUUAUGAUGAAACCCCUGGCCGAUGUGUUCCAGUUCGCCAAUCCGGGCACGCUUAAGUAUGGCCAGCUCGUGCUUCCUUUCCUGCCGGCCAAUUUCGGACCGAUGUACAUCUGUAAGAUGGUUCGCACAGACUAGGGCAUUUAAAGUAAACCGGUGAACCAUUUAUUGGUUAUGCUCCAAAUACAACCGAUCAGCGAUAGUGGCAAUAGUCGAUGCCGAGGAAUUACGUUUUGAGUUUCUU